GAUCCACAAAUCUGAAUGGUCGAGAAUGGGUUCGAGAUGGCGAAGUGUUUGAGAAUCAUAUAUAUGUAAAAGCCAAUCGAAACUUUUAAAAAAUACACCCACGUUAAAUUCGGACUCGAUGUUAUUUCCUGGUAAUCGAGAAUGAUCAUGUCCGAAAUCAAAGAGAAGGGUCUCGGGUCAGAUAUUUUACCUACAGAUGCGACCUCAACAGAUGGCUCGAUAACAUCGCCAUCGCCACACCAAAACGCCAGCAUCGAAGCUCCACUCAGAUCAUGGGAAAGGCCUGGAUUCAAGGGUUCUUUCCGUCGCUUUCUAAGAAAUGUUCAAGGCUACGUCUGGGACGAUCCAGACAAACCAGCCAUCGAGAAACGUUUCCUCCUCAAACUUGAUUUCUUCCUCCUUACCUAUGGCUGCCUCGGAUACUUCUGCAAGAAUCUCGAUCAAGCCAAUCUGAACAACGCCUAUGUUUCCGGCAUGCAAGAAGCUAUCAAUAUGAAAGGCAGUCAGCUGACAUAUAUGGGAAAUGUCUUUACUGCUGGCUAUGUGAUAAGUCAAAUCCCGGCUGUCAUUCUAGUGACGCAUGUUCGGCCAUCGAUUUUGAUUCCUACGCUUGAGGUUCUCUGGUCUAUCUUUACGUUCUGUAGCGCAGCCGUUACCAACGUGUCACAGUUGUACGCGCUGAGAUUUCUCAUCGGACUUUGUGAAGGAGCUUUCUUUCCGUGUAUCAUCUAUGUGAUUGGCUCAUGGUAUACAAAGCAAGAGCGAGCGAAGCGUGUAACAUUAUUUUAUUGUACCGCAACAUUAGCCACAAUGUUCAGUGGCUACCUCCAAGCAGCAGCUUAUGAUAAUUUAAGCGGACAUCUUGGUCAUGCUGGGUGGCAAUGGCUGUUCAUCAUAUGUGGUACCAUCAGUCUUCCUGUCGGCGUCAUUGGAUAUUUUUUCAACCCCGAUUUCCCCGAAACCACUCGAGCUUUCUAUCUCACAAAGGAUGAAAUCAAACUAGCCAAAGAACGACUAGUUCGUGAUGGGUACAACACUCUAGGAUCGUCAGCUUGGGACAAGAAAAAGCUCUUUCGAAUGAUGACACAAUGGCAAUUUUGGGUCUUACCGUUCGGUUAUUUCUUCAUCCAAGCGAGUCUUCCAUCCCAACAACCGGCAUUUGCAUUAUGGUUGAAGGCGAAAGGAAACUCGGUCUAUGAUAGGGAUGUUCUUCCAACGGCUCAGGCCGGCAUUGGUGUGAUUGUUCAAGUUGUAGCCGCCAUGAUUUCAGAUUCUAACCUUUUACACGGAAAACGUUGGCCACCGAUACUAGUAAUGCAACUUGGAACAUUCUUCAGCGCGGUUGUGCUAGCCAUCUGGACUGUACCUAUCAAACUGAAAUUUGUUGCAUUCUAUCUUGCAUAUUUCUCAGCCGGUGUACCGGGGAUUUGGUUCUCUUGGUAUCCAGAUCUUAUGUCCCAUGAUCACGAGAUGAGAGGAUUUUUGAUUGCGACGAGUAAUAUGUUUGGUUAUAUCAUGCAGAUUUGGUACUCGGAUGCAGUAUGGAGAACUGCAGAAGCGCCUGAAUUCCGUCCGGGUUGGAUUGCUGCAGCAACUUUUGGGGGAGCGACUGCUUUGACAGCGUUAUUGACGAGAUUUCUUGAAAGGAGAGAUGAGAGAAAAGGAAUUGGAGCUUUUGGUGCUAGACCAAAUGACCUGGAAAACUCGAGGGCUGUAGGCUCAACAGAAAUUCCGUAAUAAUUAUUUACUAGAUAGACAUCAAUAAUUAUAAUAAUAUACUACA